AUGCUCCUGAGGAGGGUAGCAGAAGGAGGCCGCGCGGUGGCUGCCGCUACCCUCGGCGGGGGGCCACUGUCCAGCUGGGACUGGUGCCAAAAGCUUCCUGGAGGCAGCAGCCUUCUUCACAGGAUCCAAGUCCGUGGAGCCCACAGAGAGUUUGGGAAGAACCAUGUGGAAGCGGGGUCCCAAGGAGGUGCAGCGGGCACCGGCCAGCCCAAGUCCUCCCUGCCGGGUGGGGGCCCCUCAGGACCUCUGUACCCGCCACCACCUGAGCUCCAGCCACCCACCAACUGCUGCAUGAGUGGCUGCCCCAACUGCGUGUGGGUAGAGUAUGCAGAUGCACUGCUGCAGCACUACCAGGAUGGCGGGGAGCGGGCCCUGGCCGCCCUGGAGGAGCACGUAACUGAUGAGAACCUCAAGGCCUUCCUCCGGAUGGAGAUCCAGCUCCGCAUUAGGAGUGGAGGCUGA